AUGCCCUGACGUUAAAAUUUUAAGAUUUUGUGAAGUUUUACAAAUAUCUUUCCUAAUAACUAUUUAUCUAUCUACUUUUAUCUAUUUUAGAUUUCUAUUCGAUGUAAAAUAUGGGCCGCAUGUCGGGUAUCAAAUGGGAGAAAACAACACAAUGUAGGCCAGUUCAUAACAUAAUUUCGUCAGAUUUCCCUAAGUAUAAUCCACAGCCAUGGAAAUUUAUGGAAGGGCCUUCACGAAUACAGUGGCUCCUUUCGUAUGAGUAUCAACGAAUGUGGUUCGAUGAAAGAGAAGCUUGGAAAAAGCGUAUGUAUCCCGAAAACACUACUGUCAACGUUGAUAUUGUAAAAAAAUAUGUACUUACUUUCAAAUCUAAUCAUCAACCACCGAAACCGGAGAAGAAAAAACCAUUUAAAAUGAAAAAAUUCGAAGGAGUCGGCAGUCGCACAAGCAAUAAGCGCCAGCCAAAUGAUAAAGCAAUGAAUUUCAAUAAAAAGAAUGAAAACAGUUAAAACAAUCUCAAAAGAACCUUAUUAAAUCCGUAUUAGUUGUAUGAAUCGCUUUAUUGGUAAUCGCUUUAGAUUGGAAAUAAAAAAGUACUUACUUCACUAGGUCAACUUAA